GAAGUGAACUUUCCAUUAGAAGGGGCUUUAGUAAAUGCUGACAGUUCUAUAGCCAGUAAUUGCGGAUGUGAAAAAUAAGUGACCACGUUUUGUUUAUUCGCGUGCAGUAAAUAACCCUGUGAGAAUAGUAAAUAGAGCUCCACCCCAGCGAAGCAGCGUGAAGAGUUCAAACGCUGGAAGAUGACUCUGUAGACACACACAAACGCGGUGCGGUUCCGUGUACAAUAGAACAGAAAGGCCAAAAAUACCACACAAAACCCAAACGCUGCGCAGCGUAGGAGACCCGGCCUUGCAACACACUCAACUCCCAGUGAAGAACUCAAGACAUCAUGCAGGAUCCGUGCCCAGAUUCCGAGCGUUCCCAUCUCUCCUCAUUCACUAUGAAGUUGAAGGGCAAGUUUCAUUCACCAAAAAUAAAGAGAACUCCUUCCAAGAAGGGAAAGCAAGCUGACCUGACAGUGAAAACACCAGAGAAGUCAGCGAAUAAAAACGUAUCAUGGCUAGAGGAGAAGGAGAAGGAGGUCGUCAGUGCCCUGCGCUACUUUAAGACGAUUGUGGACAAAAUGGCAAUUGAUAAGAAAGUAUUAGAGAUGCUGCCAGGCUCAGCAAGUAAAGUGCUGGAAGCCAUCCUGCCCCUGGUGCAAACUGACCCACGCAUCCAGCAAAGUUCUGCCAUCUCAUCCUGCUACAGCCGUGUGUACCAGAGCCUGGCCAACCUCAUUCGCUGGUCUGAUCAAGUGAUGCUGGAAGGUGUGAAUUCUGAAGACAAAGAGAUGGUGACAACUGUUAAAGAUGUCAUAAAAGCUGUUCUGGAUGGAGUUAAGGAGCUGGUCAAACUCACGAUUGAAAAGCAGGAGCACCCCUCUCCCACAAGCCCUGUUAAACCCAGCUUACCAGCAUGUAAAUCUGAUAGCCCAUCAGAACUUCCCCUUACAGACCGAGAAAUGGAGAUCCUGAGCAAAACAACUAAUAUGACUCAAUCAAAUGAGCUACUGACGGACUCCAUGGACGAAGAGGUUGCACCUCCUAAACCCCCUCUGCCUUGCAUUCGUGUGGCAGAAAACAGUCCUCCUCCAGCCUUGCCCCCUAAAAAACGACAGUCGGCGCCUUCCCCAACCAGAGUGGCAGUUGUGGCCCCCAUGAGUCGAGCCACCAGUGGAUCCAGUUUGCCUGUUGGAAUCAACAGACAGGAUUUUGAUGUUGACUGCUAUGCCCAGAGAAGGUUGUCAGGUGGCAGCCACUCCUACGGGGGAGAAUCUCCUCGCCUCUCACCGUGCAGCAGCAUUGGCAAACUCAGCAAGUCCGAUGAGCAGCUCUCUUCUCUGGACCGUGACAGUGGUCAGUGCUCCCGCAACACAAGCUGUGAAACAUUAGAUCAAUCAGAUCACUAUGACCCAGACUAUGAAUUCUUGCAGCAGGACCUCUCGAAUGCUGAUCAGAUACCUCAACAGGUGCCAGGUAUCCUCAGCCCCUUGCCAGAGUCCCUGGGUGAGUCUGGCUCCCCUUUCCAUGGACAUGCUUUCCAGCUCCCACAGGGCAGCUCUUCUCCACUGGAAUUCUGCAGCCUCUCAGGAGCUGUGCAGCCAACAGAGACCCCUCCAGCUUUACCAGAAAAGAAGAGGAGAAGCGCAGCCUCUCAGACUUCAGACUCAGGCUGCAGGGUCUCAUAUGAGAGACAUCCUUCCCAAUAUGAUAACAUCUCAGAGGAUGAUAUGCAGAACGCAGGGUCUCUCUCAUCAGUACCCUGCACGCCAUUUGCUCCUAUUUUGCCCUUCCAACAAGGAAACUCUUCAACACCAGUUGAGUUCAUUGCUGAUUUUGCUGCUCCAGAUUCUAACAGUGACCCAGAGAAGCCACCACCCCUGCCGGAGAAGAAAAACAAACACAUGAUGGCAUACAUGCAGUUUGUAGAGGACUACUCAGAGCCACAGCCAUCCAUGUUCUACCAGACCCCACAGAACGAGCACAUCUACCAGCAGAAGAACAAGCACCUCAUGGAGGUCUAUGGCUUCAACGACUCCUUUAUCAGCUUAGACCCUUCUCAAGAUCUGGCACCCCCUCCUGCUCUCCCUCCGAAGCAGCGGCAGCUGCAGGCCUCCUAUGCUGCCUCUUCUUUCCCUUCUGUCUCCUACUGUGUCCAGCAAACUAAAGUGCCCUUCACCCCCGAGGACACCGGUGCCGCUCAGGGCCUCACUAUGUCAGUCUCUAACUCCUUUCUCAACCGGCACAGCUCCUUUCCUGUGCAUUCGUACAAGUCUGUGUUUAGGUCCUACUCGCAGGACUUUGUGCCUCACAACCAAGUCUCCGUACCUCCUUUCCUGUCUUCUACCUCCUCCUCCUGCUCCACCGCACCCUUUCCGCCCGUCCACCUGUCUCCGAGCUCUGACCUCGCAGUGCCAGCCACGGCCAGCCCGUCUCCCAGCACUGGGGAUGUGCCAAACUCCUCUUCGCAGGAGAGCAGCUUUAACGGGAGUGCUCCUGUCUGCCUUCCUUCUGAAACCUCUCUCACUGAUUCUCUGCAGACGCCUUCGGUGAGACUGUCCAAAGAGAGUGAAAACGCCAGUGAGGAGGCUGGUGAGGGUGAAUACGUCAAUCUGUAUUCCUCUGGCCAGAGCAACGGGGAACUCCCUCAUGCUGGAGGAGAAUCUCCCUCUGUCAAAGACGGCCAUUCCAAAGACUCCACUUCAAACAGCAGUGCCAUGGGGAAGGAAGGCAAAGAUGGUGCUGAGAGGCAGCAGCAGUCACCAGAUGCUUUGGAAUCGUCACAGCUGGAGGAAGAAGUGGAUGAGCUCUCCCUUAUCGACCACAGUGAAAUUAUGGCUAGGUUAACACUGAAGCAAGAGGGAGAUGAUGGGCCAGAUGUCCGCGGAGGAUCUGGAGAUAUUUUGUUGGUGCAUGCAACAGAGACCGACAGGAAAGAUCUGGUGCUGUACUGUGAAGCCUUCCUGACUACAUACAGGACAUUUAUUACCCCUGAAGAGCUCAUCAAGAAGCUGCAGUACAGAUAUGAGAAGUUUUGCCACUUCCCAGAUACGUUUAAGAAGCGAGUCAGUAAGAACACCUUCUUCGUGCUGGUGAGAGUGGUGGAUGAGCUGUGCUUAGUGGAGCUGACAGAGGAGAUUCUCAAGCUGCUGAUGGACCUGGUGUUCCGGCUGGUCUGCAACGGGGAGCUGAGCCUCGCCAGAGUGCUGCGCAAAAACAUCCUGGACAAAGUGGAUCAGAAGAAGAUGCUGAGAUAUGCCAACUCCAUCAAACCUCUUGCAGCCCGAGGGGUGGCAGCCAGGCCGGGGACCUUGCAUGAUUUCCACAGUCAUGAAAUAGCCGAGCAGCUGACCCUCCUGGAUGCUGAACUCUUCUAUAAAAUCGAGAUACCAGAAGUUUUGCUUUGGGCGAAAGAACAAAAUGAAGAGAAGAGCCCCAACCUGACGCAGUUCACAGAGCACUUUAAUAACAUGUCCUACUGGGUCCGUUCCAUAAUAAUGCUGCAAGAGAAAGCCCAGGACCGAGAGAGGCUGCUCCUUAAGUUUAUCAAGAUUAUGAAGCACUUACGAAAGCUGAAUAAUUUUAAUUCCUAUCUGGCCAUUCUUUCUGCACUGGAUUCUGCACCCAUCCGAAGGCUGGAGUGGCAGAAACAAACCUCAGAGGGCCUGGCUGAGUACUGCACUCUGAUCGACAGCUCCUCGUCCUUCCGCGCCUACCGGGCAGCCCUGGCUGAUGUGGAACCUCCCUGCAUCCCAUACCUAGGCCUAAUUCUGCAGGACCUGACCUUUGUUCAUCUGGGAAACCCAGACUACAUCGACAGCAAGGUGAACUUCUCCAAGCGCUGGCAGCAGUUUAACAUCCUGGACAGCAUGAGGUGCUUCCAACAGGUACAUUACGACAUCAGGAGGAACGACGACAUCGUGUCAUUCUUCAACGACUUCAGCGACCAUCUGGCAGAGGAGGCGCUGUGGGAACUGUCCCUCAAAAUCAAACCUCGCAACAUUACGAGGCGGAAAACAGACCGGGAGGAGAAAACUUAGGAAGAGGGUUUGUGCGAGCGAGGAGAAUUGCUCGGCAGGCGCACGGAGGGCAGCUAUGAGACUGGAGUUCAGUAUUUGUACCUGUUACGGGGUGACACGGCCUCUCUCCGGGCUGGCAGCGACUUCGGGGCUGUGAGCGUUGGCAGAGCGGUGGCCGCCGUGCGGACGGCAGCAGGCUGAGAGUGGGCAGCGCUCGCCUCCCUCCUCCUCCCAUCCCUCUGUGCCAUCGAGCAGCUUUUCCACCAGGGAGAGAGCUUUGUGGAAGGAGGGUGCCAGGCAAUGUGUUACUGAUGGUGUUUGGAAACACGUGGGCUUUUGUCUUCAUCCCGGACGGAGGGUGAGCAGAGCUCGGCGCCCGCGGGCUCAUCUCAUGGUGUUCAGCAGGCAGCAGCUGAGGCUUUUCCCAGGAAGAUGGGGGUGAAGGAGCCCCGCUGCCUGCCGGAGGGCUGGGCUUGUUUACAGGGGGCUUCGCUUUGCCCCACAUCUCUCUCGCCUUCUCAGUGAGGUGAAGGCACCGCUAAUGGAUACAGAAGAGGCACUGAAUGGUGGGCAGGGAGCCGCCGUCUCCAGCCAUCGUCCCCCCUCCUCCUCUCAGAUCUCACUAUUUAAGCCACAGUGAUCCCUCUGACCCUUGGAAAUGUUGAUACCGUGGUACCGCGCUCACCUGCCCUGUGGGCCCGUAUCUUGUAGUGAUGGUACUAGCUUUUGCACAGUAAAUUCUGUAGUAUAUGACUGUAAAUAUUAGUAUUUAGAAUCCAUUGGAGAUUUUUCUUUUUGAUGCAUGUCUGAAUACCGAUGGGUUUAUAGGAAAAAAAAAAAAGUGCAAAACAUGAUGUGUAUAAAACUCACAAGCAGUGACAGCAUCGUUCCGAGUGCUGGAAGGAAAGAGGCUGAGGGCUGCCCCAGGGCACUGGAGGAGCCAGCAGCCCCUCCCUGGGGCUGGAAGGAGCCCCGUGCUCCCGGCCCCCUCCAUUCCUCUCCUUGUUGCCAAAUGGUUCUCAUCCCAGUGACCCACGGUGCUGUGCUCAGAAGCCCCUUUCUGCCCCAUCCCCAGCACUGCCCGCACCCCUCGCUCCCCUCCUAUUCCGUGUGCCUUACUCUGCCCUUCCAUCCCCACUUUGUGUCCCUGUCCCCUCUCCCAGGCUGUUUCCCCCCCUCCCUUCCUUUCUGGCCCCAUUCAGUUGUUUACAGCGUGGGUCGUGGUUCUGAGCACAUGCUGUAGGUUUUACCCCCUCGCAAGGCCUUCUGCAGAGCCGUGUCCCACAGUGGCAGGUUUUUCAGAGCUCCAGCACAUCCCUGCAGCUCAGGGCAGUGGCUCACACGGGAUGUUUUGCAGAGCAUCCUCGCUUUACUUCUCCAUCGCAGGUCAAUGUUUGCCAAGCUCCUGUUUGUUCUGGGUGGAUCAGAGUGACGAGCAUUUCCUUCUGCAGAUUGCAAAGCCUUGCCUGGCCAUGCCUGCAGCGCGGUGCUUUGCUCCGCUCAUGAGGUUGCACCCAAAAUCAUCAUUUUCCUACUGGCACCGGGGCUGCAAGUGCAGGACAGCCUGGUGUGUGAGGUGAGCUGUGCUCUGUGCUGCACAGCCCGCAGCAGCAGGAGGAGCGGAGCCCUGGCUGUGCUGUGGCACUGAGUCAGAACAUUUCAAAACCUUUUAUUUUUUUAUGGCACUGUUAAGAGCCCUGGGGCUGCGCACUAUGCCCGGCCAAAGCUUUGCAAUCCCCAAAGCAGGAAGUGAUUUUUAUUUUCCUUUGUAAAUAAGAUUUAAAGAAAGCAACACAAUGAGAUGGAAAUGGCAAACGCAGCCCCUCCACCUGGUGCAGAGCUGUGCUGCCCCAUCGCUGCUGUGUGCUGCAGGAGUGACAGCGCAGGGGCAGCACUACGAUGGCCCCAGCACUCCAGGUCCCCACGUUCUGGGGAUGAAGGGAGCAGCAGUGCUUUGCCCAGGGCUCCAUGCAGAGGGAUGGGGUUGGGGGCACCCGGCUCUCAGCUCACCUCUCCCCUGGGGUUCUGUUCUCCCAGGGGCAGGCAGAGGGAAGCGAUGUGCUUUGCUAUCAGCACUGGGCUGCUCCCCAGCCUCCCCGCAGCCCAGCUGUUUGGCUGUAUGAUAUAUUAUAUACCACUAACCCAGUCCCAACGGUGGCAUCUUCCUGCAAACAUUUCAAACCUGUAACUUUUAUAUUAAAGACAAAUAAAUACCAGUAACAAACCUGCCUAACGAUCCUGUUUACAGUGCAUGCAGCAGUCUGUGGAUUAAAGUGACAAUCGAAUCCGCUCCUCAA